UCAGUCACCCCCUCGGUAUUGUUCUCUAUUAUUUUUUUUUGUUAAGGUUCCGCGGCCGCGGGUAAGCGGAGUCCCCGAAUUUCCCCCAUUCCGCUCCCCUCCAUUUUUUUUUUUCCCGUCUCCCCACCCUUCUUUCUCUCUCUCUCGAUUCUCGAACUUUCUCCAGUUUUGGGUUUUCUCGAAGCCCUGCUCCUCCUCAUCUCCUCGGCCACCCGCUUAGGGUUCCGGGAGGGGGCGCCGCCACUGUGAGGCGGAGCUCCGCCUCUGGCCUCUCGAAGUUUCCGACCUGCUCCCUGGUUGCUGUCUCGUCACUCUGCUUUUCUCUCUUGUCGGGUUUGCUCGGAUGCUACGGGAGGGUACGCGGUUCCGUUGCUCUGUUCUCGCCCUCGAUUCGUUACCUUAAGCAUUUCUCGUUGCUGAGCUGGUUGUUUCGUUCUGGGCUCGCCAUUUCUGUUCUGAUUUUGAGAUCAUGGGCUUUUAUCUAGAUCACCUUUGUAUUGCAAUAUCUACUUUUAUGAAUUGACUAAGGUUUUGAGAUUGUGUUCUUCUUUCUGGAUCUUUGUAGAGCUGCAAUAUAUGAUCUCGCUAAGGACUGAAGUUCAAGUAACCCUCUGUCUGCUACAUGUUGGUGGCUGAAGUCCCAGGACUGCAGAAUUGUUGUUGGAGACAGUUGGUCCUACUUGCAAUAUCAGAUCCUGGUAUUGUUCAACAGCUAUAAUUCUAUAUCAGAGAAGCAAGCUUGUUUUGAAGAUAUAUAUUUCUCUUUUGCACAUGCUUCAUGAGGAUUAAUAAGCAUGAAGAGGAAACAUAGCCUGUUUUGGUUGAAACAUCUUACAUGAAGGAAUUUAAGGGCAUUCUUAUAUCAUUUUAUCAUGAUGGAGUGCAACAAGGAAGAGGCUAUCAGAGCCAAGGACAUUGCCGAAAAAAGAAUGCAAAACAAAGAUUUUAUUGGGGCACGGAAGAUUGCUCUCAGGGCCCAACAGCUCUUUCCUGACCUUGAUAACAUCUCUCAGAUUUUAACUGUUUGUGAUGUGCAUUGCUCUGCUGCAGUUAAAGUCAAUGGGGAAAUAGACUGGUAUGGAAUUCUUCAAGUAGAGCCAUCAGCAGAUGAUUCAUCUAUCAAGAAGCAGUAUCGCAAACUUGCUCUUUUACUUCAUCCUGAUAAAAACAAGUUUGCAGGUGCUGAAGCUGCGUUCAAGUUAAUUGGAGAAGCACAUAUGACAUUAUCUGAUCGUGCGAAGCGGUCCCUCCAUGACAUCAAAAGCAAUGCUAACACAAAAAUUGCCCCAUCAAGGCAGCCUUCUCAGCAGGCCAAGAAGACUCCUUAUGCUAGAAGCAAUGUUCAUACCAUGAAUUUUAAUGGUUUGAAUCAGCAGCAGCAACAGCCAUCAGCUUUCACUGGUUCCCAGACUUUUUGGACCAUUUGCCCUUUUUGUUGCAUGAGAUACCAGUAUUACAAGACAAUAUUAAACAGAGCUCUCCGCUGUCAGAAUUGCUCAAAACCUUUUAUUGCAUAUGAUUUAAAUGCACAAGCUGUGCCUCCUGGGACAAAUUCGGGCUAUUCAUAUAAUAGUUCUGGAAUUCCACCACAGCAGUUUCCCAGUCAGCAAGCUCAUAAUACCAGCCAGCAAACUCAAUUUGGUAAUGCUUCUUCGAGCACCGCAUUUCAGGGUAGUGUGGGUGGGACACCAGCAGUCAACUCUGAACAUGGAUGUGGACCUGUGAACAAGGCAAAAGAAGAUGGUAAGGUUGAUGUUGAAGGUGGGGCAGGCAAUGAGGUGAAGUUUGAAAAAGUAAAGCUUAAAGAGGUGAAUAAGAAAGAGCAGGUAGCUAAGCCUUCUGUAAAGACAAGCCAGAAGAGGGGCAGAAAAGCGGUUGUUGAAUCUAGUGAUUCAGAUGCCACUGAUAUUGAAGAUGUAGUUAUUGAUGAUGGUCCUCCUGCAGAGCAGGGUGCUGGGGCAGAUGCCAGCCAUUAUCUGCGAAGAUCAACCAGGCAGAAGCAAAAUGUCACUUAUAAUGAAGAUGGAAGCGAUGCUGAUGACGAUGAUGACUUCAUGAAUCCUUCUAGUUGUAAAAGGCUGAGAAAGGGUGGAUCAUCAAGUAAUGUUGAUCGGAGAGAGAAAGACUUGUCAGAUGGUGAUGCGUAUGGGGUUGAUGUGGGAACUAGUGAGAACAAUAUUUUUGACGAACAAAUGGAUAGCAAACAGAAUGAAGGCACAGCACAUGCUGAAAAAUUACCAAAUGAAAAUGAAGUGACUAUGGAUAAAUUGCGGGAAAGCAAACAAGGGACCAUUGAGAAAGACGAAACAUCUCGAGCUGGGACUGAUUCUAGUGUUGAUUCGAGCUCAAAGGCUUCACCUAAUCAUGGGUCUUUUUCCUAUCCUGAUCCAGAAUUUUGCGACUUUGAGAAGUUCAGGAAUCCAGAUCAAUUUGCAGUUGAUCAGAUCUGGGCAGUCUAUGAUAAUCUGGAUGGGAUGCCCAGAUUCUACGCUCGGAUUAGGCAUGUUGAUGAGCCAGACUUCAAGCUGCGCUUUACUUGGCUAGAGCAUGACCCCAGAAAUGAAGAUGAAAUGGCAUGGUCUGAUGAGGAAUUGCCUGUUGCUUGCGGGAACUUCAGACUGGGGAAAUCAGAAGUCACCGAAGACCGGCUGAUGUUCUCUCAUGUUAUUUCUUGGAAAAAAGGAAGAAAAAGAAACUCGUAUGACAUAUGUCCUAGGAAGGGCGAGGUUUGGGCUCUUUUCAAGGACUGGGAUGUUGGGUGGAGCUCUGAUCCAGACAGUCACAGGUUGUAUGAAUAUGAAAUUGUAGAAGUUGUUUCAGAUUUUGCAGCAGGCACCGGCAUAAGGGUUAUUCCAUUAGUGAAGUUAAGGGAUUUUGUGAGCUUGUUCAUCCGAGCAGAAGGCGAAAUAACAGCCCCAUAUGUCAUACCACCCAGUGAAAUACUUAGAUUUUCUCACAACAUUCCUUCUUAUAGGAUGACUGGAGCUGAAAGAGAAGGCAUUCCAAAAGGUUGUUUUGAACUUGAUUCAGCAUCCCUUCCUGAUAACUUUCAAGAGGUUUUUCAUUCCAUCAGUCUUGACAGCAUCACAGACAGAGUUAAAAAGUUGGAUGAUCAAUGUAGUGUUUUGCAUUCUAAGACUGCAGUUGAUGAAGAGAAGCUUGGAACUAUUACAAUUGAGGAAAUUGAAAAUAUGAAAUUUCAGGACUUUUCUCCUCAUGGGGCAAAUGGAGUUUAUGAGGAGAAACAUCAGGCAAGUACAAGUCAGCAUAUGACAACAACUGCUUCAAAACUUGUCAAUGAAAUGAAGGCAUCCAGAGUAGAGAUUGACAAAAAUAGUGUAGAUUCUCGGAAUGCCGAUGCUAACAGUGAUGCGGAGUGUCACGAUCCAUCUACGUCAUCAUCUCAAAUUCCGAUUACCUAUGAAUAUCCUGAAUCAGAGUUCCAUAACUUUGAAGAAGGCAAGUCUAUUGAAAAGUUUCAACAGGGUCAGAUUUGGGCACUCUAUAGUGAUAUUGACAAAUAUCCCAAGUAUUAUGGCUGGAUAAGGAAGGUUGAAUUGGGGGAUUUUAGAGUGCAUGUGAUAUGGCUUGAGGCUUGUCCUUCAAGAGAGGAGGAGAAACAGUGGUUGGGAAAGGAGCUUCCAAUUGGAUGUGGAACAUUUAAAGUUGCUACCGGGAGCAUUGCAUUUGAUACUACUGAUACCUUUUCUCAUCUUGUACAAGCCAGACCAGCUGGUAGAAAAAACCAAUAUGUUAUCCUCCCCAGCAUUGGUGAGAUUUGGGCUGUAUACAAGAAUUGGCAUGCAGGAUGGACACUUUCAGAUUUUGAAAAUUGUGAGUAUGAUGUGGUGGAGAUUUGUGAGCGCACUGGUUCUGGCAUGAAAGUUUUGCUUUUAACUAAGUUGACUGGCUACAGAGCUGUAUUCAGGCCUGAAAGAAAAGGAAACAGCAUUACCAUGAUGGAGAUACCGGAAGAUGAAUUUUUGAGAUUCUCUCAUCAAAUACCUGUAUUCCGGCUGACUGAUGAAAGAGGCGGCAAGCUACGUGGAUAUUAUGAGCUUGAUCCUGCAUCUGUGCCAGAGAUUUUUCUGUUUCCAAGUGUUGACUGAAACAUUAGGCUAAUGGGGGUUGGGAAUCUUUGACAAGUAUGACUGUGGUUUGUAACCUUUCGGUGGAUACCUAGAUUAUCAGAUCAGGUUCUCACUGAAAAGGCAACAGGAAUGCUUCCCAGUUUGCUUCAGAAGUUGCAGAAUUCAUGUACUUCUGCUGGAUCCAAUUUGAAUGAUAGCUUAAAUCUGGAUCCACAUUUUGCUAGUUGGAAGUGAGUCUUCUCCAUUGGCCACACUCAUAUAUGUAGAUCUCUAGUCAUGCAACCAGGACUAGCUUGGUAAGAUUCUAAUAUUUAAUGCUUGCAGUUAGUUUCAUUUUAGCCAUCCCAUGUGUUCAGGCUUUUGGUGUAGCUGCAAUCUGCCAUUUUGAUAUAAUGAAGGCCCAAGAAGGCCGGCUACUAAGAUGUCAACAAGGUGUUGUGCCCCCCACAAAUUAUAUCUCAUUUGUCUUCAA